AUGUGGCUGUGUGCUGUGGUCUGGGCUGUUCUUGUUGCUUGCACAGCUUGGGGACACCCGUCCUCACCACCUGUGGUAAACACCCUGCAUGGGCAAGUCCUGGGGAAGUUCGUCAGCUUAGAAGGACUCCCUCAGCCUGUGGCUGUUUUCCUGGGUGUCCCCUUUGCCAAGCCGCCUCUUGGAGCCCUGAGGUUUACUCCACCGCAGCCUCCAGAGCCAUGGAGCUUCGUGAAGAACACCACCUCCUACCCUCCUAUGUGCUCCCAAGAUGCUGUGGGGGGACAAGUGCUCUCUGAGCUGUUUACCAACAGAAAGGAGAGCAUUCCUCUCAAGUUUUCUGAAGACUGUCUGUACCUAAAUAUUUACACUCCUGCAGACUUGACAAAGAACAGCAGGCUGCCGGUGAUGGUGUGGAUCCAUGGAGGUGGACUGGUGGUGGGUGGAGCAUCAACCUAUGAUGGACUGGCUCUCUCUGCCCAUGAAAAAGUGGUGGUGGUGACCAUUCAGUACCGCCUGGGCAUCUGGGGAUUCUUCAGCACAGGGGAUGAACACAGUCGGGGAAACUGGGGCCACUUGGACCAGGUGGCUGCACUGCGCUGGGUCCAGGACAACAUUGUCAACUUUGGAGGGAACCCAGGCUCUGUGACCAUCUUUGGGGAGUCAGCCGGAGGCGAAAGCGUCUCUGUUCUUGUGUUGUCUCCCCUGGCCAAGAACCUCUUUCACAGGGCCAUUUCUGAGAGUGGUGUGGCCCUUACUGAUGCUCUGUUCACAACAGACGCCAGACCUUUGGCUGAGCUAAUUGCUACCCUUGCUGGUUGUAAAACCACAACAUCGGCUGUCAUGGUUCACUGCUUGCGUCAGAAGACAGAGGAUGAGCUCUUGGAGACAUCACUGAAAUUGAAUCUUUUCAAACUGGAUUUGCUUGGAGACCCCAGAGAGAGCUAUCCUUUCCUGCCCACUGUGGUUGAUGGAGUGGUGCUGCUGAAGGCACCAGAAGAGAUUCUGGCUGAGAAGAGCUUCAACAAAGUCCCCUACAUCGUGGGGAUCAACAAGCAAGAGUUUGGCUGGAUCAUUCCAACGUUGAUGGGCUAUCCACUCUCUGAAGGCAAAUUGGACCAGAAGACAGCUGCAUCCCUCCUGUGGAAAUCCUACCCACUUCUUAAAAUCCCUGAGAAUUUGAUCUCAGCGGCUACUGAGAAGUAUUUAGGAGGGACAGACGACCUUGUCAAAAAGAAAGACCUGUUCCUUGACCUGGUUGCAGAUGUGGUGUUUGGUGUCCCAUCUGUGCUCGUGGCUCGUGGCCACAGAGAUGCCGGAGCCCCCACCUACAUGUACGAGUUUCAGUAUUGUCCAAGUUUCGCAUCAGACAUGAGACCCAAGACCGUGAUAGCAGACCACGGGGAUGAGAUCUUCUCAGUGUUGGGGGCUCCGUUUUUAAAAGGGGGUGCCUCAGACGAGGAGCUUAACCUCAGCAAGACGAUGAUGAAAUUCUGGGCCAACUUUGCUCGGCAUGGGAACCCCAAUGGGAAUGGGCUGCCCCACUGGCCGGAGUAUGACCAGAAGGAAGGGUACCUGCAGAUUGGGGCCACCAUGGAGGCAUCCCAGAGACUAAAGGACAAGGAAGUGGCUUUCUGGACUGAGCUCAGGGCCAAGGAGGCAGCAGAGAUGACAACCCAAUGGGAACACACAGAGCUGUGAACAGAAGCAUGAGCCAGUCUGGGGAUACUGGAGGAGCCAGCAUAGGUCUUUGAAGGCCAAGUAGGCAACAUUAUGGAGGCUGAAGAAUUGCAUGGUGGGGAUGGACCGA